AAAUCCUUCGUCCCCAAAAUCCCAAGCUUAGCCCCGAUCUCCCCCAAUUCCCCACCAGAGGCCAAACCCUGACCUUCGCCGAGAGCAAAAUGACGAAUCUACCCCUCGUCCCUCUCGUCAUCGCCGUCCUGGUGGCGGCCCUGGUUUCCCCUUCCUCCGCGGAGAUUAGGACCCUCACGAUCUCCUCCGACAACCGCCCCAUGAUUCUCUUCGAGAAGUUCGGGUUCACCCACACCGGUCACGUGAGCAUCCGGGUCUCGCAGGUGUCCGUCACCUCCAAGCACCCCGAUAACGAUCCCUCCCGCUUCGGCUUCUUCCUCCUCUCCGAGGAGUCCCUCCUCCAGGUCCUCGUCGAGAUCCAGCAGAACCCUCAGCUGUGCGUCUUGGACUCCCGCUACAUCACCCACCUCUUCAAUUUCAAGGAGCUCUCGCCGCCGCCGCAAGCUUCCUUCAGCCACUCCUACCCGGUCUCCGCCCCCAACGAAUACAGCCUCUUCUUCGCCAAUUGCGUGCCGGAGACCACCGUAUCCAUGAUCGUACGGACAGAGGUCUACAAUCUUGACCCGGAUGGUUCCCACGACUACCUUUCGGCCGGGUUGACCAACCUGCCGUCGCUGUUUUCGGUCUUUUUUCUCGCGUAUUUGGUGUUUGUGGGCUUCUGGGUCUACCUCUGCUACACCAACAAGAGAUCCGUGCACCGGAUCCAUCUUCUGAUGGGCGGAUUACUUUUGAUGAAGGCGUUGAAUCUGAUUAGCGCGGCGGAGGACAAGCACUACGUGAAGGUCACCGGCACCGCGCACGGCUGGGAUGUGUUGUUCUACAUCUUCCAGUUCCUCCGUGUCAUUUUGUUGUUUACCGUGAUCGUUUUGAUCGGGACCGGGUGGUCGUUCUUGAAGCCUUUUUUGCAGGAGAAGGAGAAGAAGGUGUUGAUGAUUGUGAUCCCUCUGCAGGUCUUGGCCAACGUAGCCUCGAUUGUGAUCGGCGAGACGGGACCAUUUAUCAAGGACUGGGUCACCUGGAACCAGAUCUUCUUGUUGGUUGAUAUCAUUUGCUGCUGCGCUAUCAUCUUCCCCAUUGUUUGGUCCAUCAGGUCUCUGAGAGAAACCUCGAAAACAGACGGAAAAGCCGCCAGGAACUUGGCAAAGCUGACCCUUUUCAGGCAAUUUUACGUUGUCGUUAUUGGGUACUUGUACUUCACGCGAAUCGUUGUUUUUGCGCUCAAGACCAUUGCCGCGUAUAAGUACCAGUGGGUGAGCAAUGCGGCUGAGGAGACUGUGAGCCUUGCGUUUUACAUGGUGAUGUUCUAUAUGUUCAGGCCGGUGGAGAGGAAUGAGUACUUUAUUCUCGAUGAGGAGGAAGAAGAGGCGGCAGAGGUGGCUCUUAGGGACGAGGAGUUCGAGCUUUAAAAGUGGGUAGUGUUCAAUUUUUGCUACCCAUCUGUAUUUGACUGUGCUACUGCUGAUGCUACCCACUCAAUAUUUUGCAUCCCGCUUAUCGGAUUUAUUGAUAGAGUUGAUGAUGGUUCAGGUCUGCUGCUACUUCUGUUUUCCUUUCAACUGUAUUAUUGCUCUUUUACCUGUUAUAAGAAGUUUGAUGCUUUAAGAUACCGUGCCUUGUAGAAUUUGUUUGAUAGGAUUUUCAGUUAAAAAAUUGCUGAUAAUGAUUUCGUUAUAUAAUGCUGAUAUUGAUUUCGGAUUACAAUGGAUUGUAUUGAUUCUGCUGCUA